AUGGCGCGGCCAAGCAAGUCGAAACAUUUCGCUAUCUACGAGGACGCUGGCAUUCCGACCCCAGAUUCCGAUGAAUCCUACCAACCUUCUUUUGACGACGCUGUGAGAGCCCGGCAGGAAGCCAUUGAUGAAGAAGAAGAGGGGGAUGAUGAUGUGUUCACGGAGCGGAGGUGCGAUGAGGCGGUCAGUGAUGGGAGUGAACUGGAGGACAUCGAGGAGGCGGUGGAGGUGACCGACGACGAGCGCCGAGAGUCUGCUAUUACUUCCACCUCUGUCUCAUCUCUGCCAGAGUCAUCGACCGAUACAGACCAGGAAAGGUCAUUGCCCAUGCACAAACCCUACACACCACCGAUGAUCCGACCUUCGUUUCGCCGGCCAGAGUCUGUCCGACGGAUGCAGAUGACUUCACCUAUCCCAUUCGAACGCAGCCCUCGAAGGUCAGCUCUUCAUUCGCAGUCACGAUCUGGUACGCCGCGGUCGGCACGGUCCAGCGUCAAAGGCAGUCCACGAUCGCGAAGGAGCCAGUAUGAGGAGUGCGUGGAAGUGGAAAAGAAGGAAUAUCCGUUGGUAUUGCUGCAUGUCUCUCUGCUUCCGGUGGAGCUAAGAUGGAGUAUGGAGGCGAUGCAGGAGGUUCUGCCACAGAGUACAUUGGACAACCUGCAACGGCUGCGGUCGAAGGUCACGGAGACUAUUCUUCAGCGAGGAAUACUGAUCCCACACCCAAGGGAAGAGUACGAACUGCUAGAGGAACGUUUGCUGGAGGCUCUAGAACUUCGCAAGGAGCGAGUGACCAAGUGUGGACAUUUCCGUGCUCGAGACUCAAUUUCUUCCGCAUCAUCAGAGGAGGGCAGCCUGCACAGCGAUUCAGGUGUCGGUUCCAGUGUCGACUCCGAUGGAGAGCUGUGCAUAACUUGCAGGCACCACUUGAAGACUGCACGCCCUGUUCAUGGAUCCAGCGGAAGCAGGUGGAAUAUCAGAGUGUUUGCUGCCAACGGACUUAUGCGGGCAUCAGCAUGGGCAGCUGCUUGGUCUGAAAUGGAGAGGGUGGAUGUCGAGAUUUUGCCUUGGAUCGGAGAGGAUCUUCGUCGCCAGCUGGAUGCAAGGAUGGAGCAAGAAGAUGUGGACGAGACCUUGAAUGUGGAAAGUCCCAGUGACCCAAUUCGCGAACCAGCGCAGGCGGCGCUGCCACCACCUCCCAUGAUCUCGGCAGCACCUCAAGAGACACCUGAACCAGAGGAUCCUCAUGCCGACUUGCCGCAAGUGUAUCGAGCGAAAGACGUCCCUUUAUCACUGCUGCUGAAGAACUAUAUCUUCCUGCUUGCCAAGGACAAACGCAAUAUCGCCAUCUUCGGGCUCGCGGUUCUUGCAAUGUGGUUGAGCUUGAGAGCGGCAUUGGUAUCUCCGACACUUGAGAUAUCUUCGUUACCUCCGGUCUGCGAGUUGAACAAGUCAGAGCCUGUACAGUUGGAUACGAGUGAAUCCCGAGCUGAAGAUGAAGCCAGUGCUGCGGUCGAAGUCAAUGCCAGCAUUGUCGAUAUUGCUUUGACAGAAAAGAGUGUAUCCAGUCCGAUCGCGACGACUCCAGAGCCGGCCACAGACUUGGAGAGCACAAUGUCAGACGAUGCGGACCAAGCUACUGACAUGCAAUCCGUCGAGACUUGUGACAAUCCGGCAUCUGCAGUACGCUUGUUUCAGCGUGGUCACGAGGUGCUUGACGAAACCUGCGAGGCAUGA